ACUUCAAUAUGUGAUAAAAUAAUUUAAUGCUAUAUAAAAUUAUUUUGAGUUAUUGUUUGAGAAUUGCUGGGCAGUUAAUACCCCGCCCCAACACACAACUUAUAAAUCAAAUUAUUUGAAUUUAUUCAACGCCAUACCACACAAAAUUGAAUAUAAACAAUCAGUAAAACUAUAUUUAUCUAUUAGAUUAGAUUAUAUAGUAUGUAGUUAAAUUAAUAAUAAUUGUUAUUUAGUGUUUACUGGAAAAAAAUAAAAAAAAAAAGACAGAAAGUUGUACAUAUGAAUAGAGUCGCAGUUAUGUAGAUAACAAUAGUUAUUUGUUGUAAAAUGUUAAAAGAAUGGCUGAGUUAAUGAGUUUUUAUUAAACCGGUUGUGCAUAUUAUACUGUAGAGUAUGAGAUUAUUUGCCAAGUGAAAAAAAAUGUGCAGUGGAAAAGAAUGCUAUGUGAAAGAGAAGAAAUGCUGAGGAAAAAAAAGUCAUACAAAAAUAGAAUAUAUGAUAUUCUAGUUAGAGUAACAUACAGUGUACACUUUCAACUUUACUAUCUUGGCAUGUGGAAAUUCGAGUGCUUUUGUAUACAAGUGAAAAUAAAAUUUAUCAAUUAAACAUUCGAUUGACUGGACAGAUUUCGAGGGAGAAAUUUCAAUUGAUAGAAUAAAUAGCGGGUGUAAAAAAAUAUAUAUAUAAGGUAUUUUUUGAAAACUGAUUAAGUAAUUAAGUGUUUUGUAGUGUAAACUGCGAAGAAGAGCGAUGGAAAGUAAAAUAAAUAAACAAAUGUGUUUAUCGUCGUACAUUAAAGUACCAUUACCAUCAGGAGAAUUAGAAGAGCUUAUCGAAAAAGCACAGGAUUGGGCAAUUAUGCACGGAUUAGGUAUACGUACAAAUACAAACUUUAGCAAGGAUUCAAUGCAGUAUGCGCCCUUCACGCUUCUACCGUCAACUUUUCCGAGAUUAGAAUUUCAAGAUGCAUGCGAAAUCCAAACAAUUUUGAAUAUUUUAAUCCACAAAGUAGCACAUGAUUAUGAAUUUUUAAAGGAAACUCUUGCAUCAACUAUUUGUGUCGAUGAGUUUACCCGUAAACUUUUUGAUAUUUAUGAGACUGUAUACAGAGAAGGAUUUAACCAAAAACUAUCAUUAGGAUUAUUUAGAUCGGAUUUUAUGUUAAAUUCAUACUGUUACGAUGGUAAUAAUUUUAAAGUUGCGAAUGUUAACGACAGUGAUGAAGUUAAAAAGGAAAAAUCAUUUUGUUGUUGGAAACAAGUUGAAAUUAAUACAAUAGCAUCUGGUAUGGGUUGGCUUGGUACUGUUGCUACUAAAUUCCAUAAAUUCGUAUUGCAUGAACUUGGUAUGAAAAAUUUAAUCGAAUAUUUGCCGGAAAAUAAUGCAAUUGAGGGACUGUGCGAUGGAAUGCUAGAGGCGUGGAGAAUGUAUAAUGAUCCGCGAGCUAUUAUUUUAUUUGUCGUCGAGGAGUUCUCGACAAAUAUAUGCGACCAACGGGGUCAUGAAUUUCAAAUAAAACGUCGGAAUCCUGAUGUUAAAGUUGUGAGAAGAACAUUGAAACAGCUGACGAGUGAGACUAAGCUUGGCUCCAAGAAAGAAUUGAUUUUAAAUGAUAGUGCAGUAGUCGCUGUUGUUUAUUAUCGAUAUGGAUAUUCACCGGAGCAUUACACUGAACAAGAAUGGAAGGUACGGCUACUGAUAGAACGAUCGCUGGCCAUUAAAUCCCCAUCUAUACAAUAUCACCUGGCUGGUACUAAAAAAGUACAACAGGCAUUGGCUAAAUCCGGUGUUGUUGAAAAAUUUUUAGAGGAUGAGAAAAACGUUGAGCGUGUCAGAAAAAUUUUUACAGGUCUUUAUUCAUUAGAUUUCGAUGAGGAAGGAAACAGAGCAUUUGAAAUGGCUGUUAAUAAUCCAGAGAGAUUUGUUCUUAAACCACAACGUGAAGGCGGUGGUAAUAAUAUUUAUGGAAGUGAUAUUAAAAAAUUUUUAAUUACUAUUAAAAAUUCUCAAGAGCGAAAUGCAUGGAUUUUAAUGGACAGAAUUUAUCCACCGUCACAAUUAAAUUACGCAAUUACGGCAAAAGAUAGUGCUACAAAUAAUAUAUUAAAAGAAUUAACUCCAGAGGCAGGAAUUUUUGGUGUUAUUAUUGGUGAUGAUAAAAAUAAUAUAUUUGUUAAUAAACAAGUUGGACAUUUAUUUCGCACUAAAAAAGCUGACUCCAAUGAAGGCGGAUUUAUCGCCGGUGCCGCUGCUUGUGAUAGUCCAUUUUUAAUUGAUUAAUUUAUAUCACUAAUUAUUAUAUAUAUAUAUAUGUAAAUACAUACAUUUAAGUAUUUUUCUUUGUUAAUAUCUAUGUAGAAUUAAUAAAAUUAAAUGCUAUUAUAACUAGAAUUGAAUUUUAAUGAAUAACACUGUCAAAUAAUUUAACCGUAAAUAAUUUAAUUCAAUUAGCCGUCGUUUAAUUAAACUGAAUUUAAUUAUUUAAAAUUGUUAUUCAAAGAAAAAUAAUUGUUUUUUUAUCUUUUACUCUAGUCUACUAUUCAUUUUGUUGUUUU